AUGGCCAGAUUCAUGAAGGAUUCAACUAACAUCCCGAACCUGCAGCCAGACGUAGCAAUCUUCGCUUUGAAGCACGCACUCCGGGAGGGGAAAUUCCGGGAUGAACUGUCAAUGAAAAACCCCUCCAAAAUAGCUGACGUACUUCAAAUGGCAGAUGCGUUCAUUAGAACGGAAGAGUUCAACAAGGAAGCAACAAGGUUGAAAGGUCCCUCGGAUACGAGUGAUACCAGAAUGAAUCAGAGUAAGCCCGAAGGCAAUUCGAGAAAGGGGAAAGAGAAGGACGAUGAAAAGUGGAAGCUACCAGACAAGCUCAGAUCAAACCCCCUUCGCAGAAACAAGAACAAGUGGUGUGAGUUUCACGAUGACUUCGGCCAUACCACCGAAGAGUGCAACUCGCUGAAAGACAACAUCGAGGACCUCAUUCGCCGAGGAUACCUAAAGCAAUACUUGCUCGACCAGAGAACGGAGAAGGAAGAGAAAGAAAAAGCAACGUCUGGAAAACUACAAGAACAGGCCCAGAGAAGAGUCCAUGAGACCGAAGGGCAAAAGAAAAAGCCAAUUCUCGUGGUAUUCGGAGGACAAAGAUCCGGCCACGCCAGCAAGCAACACUUGAGAGCCCUCUCCCACCGAGUCAACUUCAGCACUGUAGGGGAGAACCGACCUACACCCCCGAACAUGAAUUUUACUGCUGAUGAUUGCCUCGGAACCCAGUACAAACACGACGACCCGUUAGUAAUUGAAAUGGAUCUCAACAACCACAAUGUCCACAGAGUACUGGUCGAUGGAGGGAGCGCCGUCAACAUAAUCUUCAGAAACUGUUUCGAACAACUCAUCCUCGAGGAAGGAGAGAAGUCACUGACUAAGGUCAGCUACCCUCUGAUUGGCUUCAACGGAUCCGCAGGAAUUCCCCGAGGAAAGAUCACCCUUCCCGUUACCAUCGGCCAAGGCCUAGCGGCGAGAAACAUCCGAGAAGAAUUCUUGGUGAUGGAUUGCGACUCGGUAUAUAAUGUCAUCAUGGGACGAACCAUGAUUCACAAGAUACAGGCAAUCCCAUCCACAUACCACCAAAUGAUGAUGUACGUCUUGGACGUAGGCUUCGCCGAACGGAUAAAAGGUGACCAAGAGGUGGCAAGAUCAACAUGUCACACUACCAUCCAAAAGCCAAAGCUGGGAGACAGUCCUGAAGAGGAGGAUGAGAAAAAGGUUGAUGCUCGGCCUGAAACCCUUUCCCCCGAGCCAGACCAAGAAAUGAAAGACAUCCCCCUGGAGGAUGAUUCAGACAGAAGUGUCAGAAUAGGCAGAGGCCUAAGCUCGGGACUCUGA